AUGGUUGAUCAAUACGACGACGAACAUGAAUUAAUCGACGACGAUGAGGAGCUGCAGCCCAAGCCCCAGCAAAGCGUUGGCCCGAAUGCUGGCAACCCAGUUGUCCCCAACGCCCACGACGAUGAAACCGAGUCCGAUAGUUUCAACAACGGUGACUUCGAUGAUAACGAUGUCGACGAUGGCGACGUGGCCAUGUACAACACCAACACGGACUCGGAUUCCAGCACCGAAUCCGACCCCGGAAUGCCAGGCUUCGUAUCGAGUCAGUCAAUCAUCAAGUGGGUCUCUUACGACGGUGACUCAGACUGA